AUGCCUCUUCAACCAUCGUACUUAAUGCGGCCUCCCAAGGCAUGUUCCGUGUAUCCGACGUGUGUUUUUAUAUUUUGGGAGGCCCCGCGUGCCGUCACUCAAGUGGACGAGGUGGAAAAUAUCACCGGGCAGCUGAGGCCCUCACUAGUGCAGUGGUCAUAUGUUGUUGAGUGGACGACAAAUAAUAGCCCCAAAACAGAAGUAGCAGAGAUGUUCACGGCGUCAUCCCAUGCAGUGCUUGAGCUGCUGUAUCCUCAGGAAACCCUGCAAGUGCGCAUUGUUGCCCGUGGAAGUUGUGAUGGGAGCGAAAUUACACGUGUCUCAACGAGCUGCACAGUGGAACCCGGAUUAGCAGUCGCAUUGCCUUGGCUUCACCCUCGAUCCAUGCGCUGCUUAUGCAUAUUUGAUGCGCUUUUCUUUUCAUAUAGUGGCAUUCAUUGCGUUGACGCUAUUCCCUCUUCGUGGAAGCACGUCCGCGCCAAGAUGGAAUCUGUUCGUUUAUUGGAGUCUAGAUUUUCGUGUGCGAUCGUCAAGGCUGUUUACGAGGAGCCACCGUAUCCAAUUACCUCCACCACAGUAUAUUAUUUUGUAAUGUGCCCUAAGGCAUUGGUGAAUCCGCGAGACAAGCUCCGUCACUGUGAUAUCAAAUAUCUGUUAGAGAGGGAUCAAGAGCAGAAGCCAUGUGCUGUCUUUUGUGGUAUUGGUGAGACGGGUUCCUCUGCUGCUUUAGCGGCCCAUCUGUUCAUAAGUGCCAUACCCCCGUCGUCAAAUGAGUUAUGCUCCCGUGUAUUCUGCAUUGCAUAUGGCUCACCGAGGCGGUUGCUUGUCGAGGAUUACCUCGUUCUUGCGUCCAGUCCCCCGUUUGCAGGAAAUUUCCUUCACUAUACGGCGUUACUGGCACCCAAAGACCCUUUGUUUGAGUUCACCGGUGAUGUUCUUAACAGUGACGCUCCCGUGGGUGUUAGUGGAGCAGCAGCCGGAGGUGGCAGUCCGAAGGAAGUUCAUGCGGUGCAACAUUUUAACAUGCCACUUGGUGUGCGGUGCGGUCCAGUUUUUGACGGAACGUCUGGCAAUGUCCAUCUUGAGGCGAGGUGUUCAGGCGUGGAAACGUUAGGUAGGGAGGAGUGCAAUGAGCUCCUUGAUGUUUCGACCCACCUCAGUAUGUUAAACCAACUCAUACUUCAGUGUUACCAUAGUGGCGACACUGGUGAUAUACUUGUACCGAUGAUAAAUAAUGUGCAGCACGCAAUGGAAGAUGGUGUCACUGUAUUUUUGACUAUCGAGGGUGAGAGCUUGCAUUUCGGGCCAAGGGUAAUAUGUACCUCGUCACGGAACCAAGCAAUGGCGGCAGUAUCUGUCACUGCAGUGACUCCAACACGGCUCACUGCCACAUUUUCACUCAUGGAUAUGCUCACCACCAAGUUUUUUGCACGCCAUCGCCGUCCACCACAAUCCUUACUUGUGGAAAUCUCACUCUUCACCGACCACGGCUACGUUUCGUUCAACGAAUAUCGAAUUGUCAUAGCUGAGGACAUUUCGCUACUUCUUUUCCAUAGUAGUCACAGCGAUGGGCCCCAUCAAUGGAUUUUCGGCCCACCUGGUGAUCUUGUCGACGGUGCUAUUUCUGUUGAACCGCUUCUGACAUCAUUGGUUGCAGGAGGACCGAACACGUCAACUUUUGUGCCUUUCCAAUCAACGUCUCUAUUGUCUGACAUCGCUGCGGUUUCGGAGUUGGUGGGGAAACAUGCCGUUAAGAAACCGGAGACGGGCCUCUAUAACUUUAUCUUCCGCGGUGCCGCACAAUCAACGAAGCCGAUUUCCAUCGGUUCCAUCCCCAUGCAUGAGGCAGUGCUGCUGAAAGAUGCACUGAAGCGCCAUGCGGCAAGUGAGACAAGAGACCCAAACGCACUGCGCUCUGAGCUUGACCCGUGGAAACGGCGUCUGUUAGCUCGGCUCCCGUCCCUGGAUAGUGGGAAUUAUAGAGAGAAGCUGCUGUCGCUUCUGCUCAUGCUUGGGGGGCCGAAACCUGCCGCUGAUACAACCGCAGUUGCGUUGGAAACCUUGCUUCUUUCAAAGGUGCUGCACAAUUUACGACGUUCCCAAAAUGCGAUUCACCUGAACUACACGAACAGCCUUAGUACCUGCAUGGGCUUCGAUGUGUUUUACGAGCGCAUGCUUCCUCUCGCCCUGGCUUGGGUUAAACACUCUGAAGAGGCAGAACUGGAAGCCCUUCACAAUAUCGCGACACUCUGGAUUGCGUGCCUUCUGUACCACCUGCGAGGUGCUUAUUUGUUUACCCACGCGGUGGUUGUCGCUGGUUGUGCCGGGAGCGGCUGUAACACGUUGUGUCACGCUAUCGUUCGUGAGAGAGCAGCACGGCAACACCACUUUGUGGGGACACAGCGGGAACGAGUUAUCGUCGUCCGCCGGGCGAAGCUGGGGUCGUUGGCUGACGUGAAGGAGGCCCUUGCUCGGGGAUUGGGGAUCACAGCAAUUGUGUGUGGUGAGUUGUCGGACGUGGCGGGGAAGGAGUUUUUUGAUCUGUGGUGUUCUCUGCGCCGCAUGCUGUGUCGUCGUAUGGCCCAGCGGCUAUUUGCCUUUCUAUCUAAAGUGGAUGAGCUGUUGGGACGAAAUCAGUUGAUUAAACCCCUCGAGGAAGCCUGCAUCGGUGCUGAGGGGGGUGCCGUUGCUUUCCAAAGCCUUCAAAGGCAGGCAGCUUUGGCUGCGCGUACUGAGUGGGAUGUUGGAUCGGAAAAGAGGGGCGAAGACGCGUCACUGGCCGGUUUCGUGGCCGUUUCAUUUGCUCCUUCCGUUCUGCUCCUUCGGAACUCCCCUUUCGUGCAUUCCAGUGGCAUGUCCGCGGAAGAGUUUGCUCAGAAGCUCAUGUCGAUUUCCUCGUACCAGCUCCGGAGGGUUCUUGCGGGGAUUGUCGAGGGGGAGUUUGUUAACGCCCGAUGA